AUGUCGAAGUACUUUCAGCCCCGGAAUGCCGCCGUCAGUGAGCAACAAGAGGGGACGAACGAGCGGGGGCCGGAAAAUGCUCCCCCGCGUGAUCAACCGGCCCGAUUUGGGGAGGUUUCCUUGGGACUCCCGGGGUCGGUUCGCACAUUCAGAGUGGGCACGGAGCUGCGGGGUGUGCGUGCUAGUUCCCGUGUGGAAGGUGCUGCCGCGGGACAUGGCGAGGGUGUUGCGGCGGGCGAGGAGGAGGAGGAGGGGGAGGGGGAGGGGGAGGGGGAGGGGGAGGGGGAGGGGGAGGGGGAUGAGGAGGAUGAGGAGGAGGAUGAGGAGGAGGAGGAGGAGGAGCACGUGCAAUACCGUGUGGUAGGGGAGAGUGGGGAUGAGGAGGAUGGCUCGGGCAGUGGCGAAGAUAGUGAACGCGCGUACUCUCCCACAGAUGAGGGGGGUGAUGCGGCCGAUGACGAGGACCACGAAAUGGAUGACCUGGUGGCGGAGGAUGGUGGGGAGGAGAACGAGGAAGAGGGCGACGAUGAGGAGGGGGUUGGCGAAAAUGAGGGGAGGCGUGCACGUAGGCCGGCGCGCCGCCAGCAAGGUGCGGCGAGUGGAGCAGGUCAGGGGCGGGCUGGUGGUGUGCGCAGUGGGCGUGUCGAGAAGAGGGGUCGCGGGAGGGGGACGAGAGGUGGAGGUGCGACGGCGCGGGGUCGCACGUCCCGUCGUUCCCCGCUGAUCGAGGCAUCUGUGGACGAGUCUAGGCCUCGGCGACGGCCACGUGCACCGAUCGAUGACGCUGAGCUACGCAUGACUGUCCACAUGUACGGCCCUAAGAACAACGAACGGCGCAAGUGCAAGAUGUGCCCAACUACGAUUUCAUGGCAGAACAGCACCACCACAUCCGGCAAGCAGCACUAUCACUCCAAGCACCGUGCACAUUUGGGUAUCUGGGAGCACCGAUGGAACAACAGUCUAGUGGGUGAGGGUGAGACAUUUCCGGAGGGAGGGUAUGAGGGCGUGCCUAAUGGGGGGAUCGAUUGGCCGUACUGCACGCAGUGGCCAAACAUCCCUGGACGUCAGGGCGGCAUUCGUGGAAGGGGGGGGAUGGAGCGCUUUGUGGGCCACCGGUUCAGCGUGCGCUCCUUGCGGGAGGCACUCACCAAGCUGGUGGUGACGGGCAACGUGCCCUUCCGCUUUGUGGAGCUGGAAGCGGUGAGUACCAAUAACGAUGAUUGUUUCUGGCAAUUCUACGUUGCCAUAUGCCUCGAUUUCCGCGAGUUGAUGCUGCUGCUGAACCCGAACGUCGCGAACGUUCGACUGCGGGAGGUGACGCUGGACUUCCGUGAAAUGAGAGGGCGACACGGUGGAGAGCAGAUUGCGGACUUGGUGCUGCGGGUGGUGCGUGAUUGGGACUUGGUGGACCGUUGUGUCGCCUUCGUGAGCGACAACGCGUCUAGCAACACCCGCGCGUUCCACCUCCUCUCGGGUGGUAGUUCUCGCCCUGCCAUUUUCCGCCCAGGCAUGCACGUCAGGUGCACCUCGCACGUGCUGAACUUGGCGAUCCAGACAGCACUGAAGGUGCCCCUUGUGCGCAAGACCCUGCGGCUGGUGCGAGACGUUGCGGUGUUCGUUGGUCCUACACGAUGGGGAUCGACGUAUGAGAUGGCGGUCCGCUUCCUCGAGCUGCGCAGGGCGAUCCACGUCCACUUCUACGAUGACCAGGGCACGACAAAGAAGGAGCGGAAGCGCUAUAAGAAGCUCCGCUUGACAGAUGACCACUGGGAGGCGCUUGUGGCGUUGAAGGUGUUUCUUGCACCCUUCAACGCCGUCAGCAAGGCAGCAGAGGGGUCGCUCUAUCCGACCAUCUCCAUGGUCAUUCCGAGCUACAACGACCUGCUGGACAGUUUGGAGGAGAAGCGCCAUAGCACGCCGUCCCCGCUGAUUAGGGCGAUGACUGUCGCUGCGCUGGGGCACCUGAAGAAGUACGUGUACGCCAGUAGCGACGACCUGCUCAUCGCCACGUUCCUUGAUCCAGCGAUGCGACAUGGGCAGUUGGGCGAUGAGGUGGACAGAUAUGUGGGGCAUGAAGAGACUGGUGACCUAUCCCCCCUCGAGUUCUGGCGCACAGUGAAGAACCUCGACACGCUGCGAGCCAUGGCCAGGGACUAUCUGGCGAUUCCCGCCACCUCGGCGUCGUGCGAGCGAGCUUUUUCACAGAGCAGGAACUUGAUCACAUUCCAGCGCACACGCCUGAACACCGAGCGUGUGCGGUCGUGCAUGACUCUACGGUCUUGGUACGACACGCACCCUGACGGUCGUAUCGGUGAUGGGGCAGAUUCUGCCAGUGCUGCAGCUGCAGUGGACUUGGGGCUCGAGGGAGAGGAGGACUGCGAGGAGGAGGAGGAGGAGGAGGAGGAGGAGGAGGAGGAAGAGGAGGAGGAGGAGGAGGAGGAGGAGGAGGAGGUGGAGGGGGGGGGGGAGGCGACAUGUGCUGCGGGUGUGGGAGAGGGCCAGGGCUAG